GACAAACAAGAAGAAGAAAAUGGAGAAAGCAUUUCUCAUAACGUUUCUCGUGGCGACAUCAAUGGUUUAUAAUCAAGCUCUGGCUCAAGAAGAAGAGAUCAGUCUAUCUCCAGAACAAUAUGCAGACGUACCAGCUGCACUAGCUUACGACCAUGAACUCCUACACAAGAUGACGAUACAACGCAUCCGAUUUCUAGAAGAUUGUACUAACAAAUUGAGCCCAAAAUGCGGGAUGGAGAUGACGGAAGGAUUGGUCAACGACAAGCCCGUGUCAGGCGAAUGUUGUGAAGACAUAUUGAAGAUUGGAAUAGACUGUCACCAAGGAUUGAUGACUUUUGUUUUCUCUACUUAUGAGCUAAAGGAUGUUGCUUAUGAGAUUCUUCCUAGGAGCAAGAAGAUUUGGAACCAUUGUGUUCAGACUACUGCUGCUAGGAUUGGUGCACCUAUUGCUUUUGAAACUUGA